GAGUGUGACGUAGGAGGAAGGAGACGCCAUUAGAGGGAGGAGAGGCAGCUCUCCCCUAGCCUCGGGUCCCUGACGUGGUGGCCGGGGCCCUUCAUUCUGGGACCUUCUCGCAGGCCUCGCCCGGGGGAGGACGCGGCGGGCACCGGGCUCGGCGGGGCGUGAAAGAGCCGGGCCCGGGAGGAGCGGGCGCCGCGGCGGCGGCGGCAGUGCGGGGCUCGGCGCGGCGCUGGGCUCAGGCGGCGGGGCAGCGGCGGGAUGGCUGCGGCCGGCGGCGGGGCGGCGGCGGGCCGAGCCUACUCCUUCAAGGUGGUGCUGCUCGGGGAAGGCUGCGUGGGGAAGACGUCGCUGGUGCUGCGCUACUGCGAGAACAAGUUCAACGACAAGCACAUCACCACCCUGCAGGCAUCUUUCUUAACAAAGAAGUUAAAUAUUGGUGGGAAAAGAGUAAACCUUGCCAUAUGGGAUACAGCAGGUCAAGAGAGAUUCCAUGCAUUGGGUCCCAUUUACUACCGAGAUUCGAACGGGGCGAUUUUAGUUUAUGAUGUAACAGAUGAAGAUUCUUUUCAGAAGGUAAAAAACUGGGUCAAAGAAUUACGGAAAAUGUUGGGAAAUGAAAUCUGUUUGUGUAUAGUUGGUAAUAAAAUAGACUUGGAAAAGGAGAGACAUGUCUCCAUUCAAGAAGCAGAAUCGUACGCAGAGUCUGUGGGAGCAAAGCACUAUCACACUUCCGCCAAGCAGAACAAAGGCAUCGAGGAGCUCUUUCUUGACCUUUGUAAAAGGAUGAUAGAGACAGCCCAGGUGGACGAGAGGGCAAAAGGCAAUGGCUCGAGCCAAGCCGGGGCAGCGAGGCGAGGCGUGCAGAUCAUCGACGACGAGCCUCAAGCUCAGAGCGGCAGCGGCGGGUGCUGCUCUUCCGGAUAACUGCCCACCCUGUGACACUCAAAACAAAACCGAACUGUGGAUCAUUGCCCUCAACAUGAAGACUGCCAUGUUCCAAGUCACAUCAUUUUACCAAUGGAGUUAUAGAAUUAACAGUAUUUUCAAUUACGUUUAUAACACUGCAGAGACCUUAAGUGCUAAACUUAGUGGAGUUUGUGACCAGAGAAUUGGCAUUUUCUACAAAUGUUAACAAAGCAAUUACCAAUGGCCUUUUUACAUAUUUUUCUUUAAUGAGGAAUAAUAUGCAUGUAGAAAAGACCUACUUAAAGGCUUCAUUUAUAUUCUUUUAAAUCAGAUCUUUAUUUAAUAACUUAUAUAUGAUGUUGGAAUGGUAUACAUUUUUGCAGUCCUUUGUAUUUUGUGGUAGUUUGAAUUGUAUCAUUUCUAAACAGCAUACUGUUUUUGUUUUUGUUUUUUGAUUAGCAGAUACGUGAAGUUCUAUUUUUGCAGGGUUUGCACAGGCCCCUAACUGUCUACUACUUUGAUAUAAUCUAUAAACAUCCUGUAUGCUGAGCUGGUAAAAUACAUUGUAAAUUACAUAUUAAAUAUUUUGUCUGCUUUUACAAGCGCAAGGUGCAAAAAUAUAUACAACUGUCUUAUUGAUGACUGUAAGGUGAAUUAACUGUUGGUGAUAACACCUAAGCGUUGGACUCUGUUAUAACUUAGCUCGUCACCCUUUCACUCGUCCUACCAUGAAAGUGCGCGUUUAAAUGUUCGCGUCCUUACCUGACUUACUGCUGCUGUCACUUUCCCCUUUCUUCCCUUUUUUCUGUUUCUGUUUCUUUUUUUUUUUCUGUAUGUCACCGUGAUGCAAAAGCAGAGUUUGCCUUUUAUUAUCAUUAAACAAGAUUCCUUCUGCCAAUGUUGUUUUAGAAUGGUUACCUUAGAAGAAUUUGAGUGCCACUUGCUACGUUUCAUUUCUACAUCAACUCAAGCUUUCUGUAGGACUCUCCAGGAGAUGGGUUCCGAGGCCUGAGAAGAAGGCUCCUGUAGUAGCCACUGACCAAGGCUUAUUUAUACAGAGCGUGAGUGGUGAGGUGCGCUCCUAAGGCAGCUUUCCUGGGCCCCUUGUGUGGCUAUUGCUUGUCAGAAAUGAAUAUAGAAAGUUGUAUUUCAUUUUAUAAGUUUUCCUGAGUUCCUAUGGGAAGAAGCAUUUGUAACGCUGUUACCGCAAACUGGAAAGAUUUUAUUAUAAAAUCAUAAUCUUGUUUAUUUAUAAUUAGUCCCACAUUAGAUUUUUUUUUUCCUUUCCAUUGGACUGAAAUUUGUUCAUUUAGGAAAGAAUCAGGCACUACUCACAAAAAAAAAAAAAAAAAAAAAAAAACAGAUUGUGGAAAUUAAAUUGUUCUUGUUCUAAUAAUAUAUAUCUUUCCCAUUUCUGUCAUGCUUGGAAAACUAGUAAAUGUUGUGUAUAAGAUGAGAUGGAAUGGUCCUGAUGUCCUUAUUCUAGGAAGUAGAACAUAGAAUGCAGUUAGUAAGCAUCCGAAGAUACAAGGAGGUGAUGAUGGUCACUGAGCGGAUGCUCCCAGGUUCUUAGGAGAGCUUAAACCUUCCCAGGUAGGCUGGCAGGUGGCUGGCUUCCUCCUCACUGUCUCAGUGAUAGGAAUUGAGCUUAGCUCUGUGUUCUCUGAGCCCUCCCUUUACAUUUACUUGUUUACUUACUUAUUGACCUUGCCAAAUUCAAAAUGCUGACCUCUGUGCUGUGUGCCUAACAGUGGUCAGAGUGGAAACAGGAGAAUGAGCCAAGGUUGUGUUCCAUUAUGAGAUAGCUGCUACUCUAGGUUUCUUGUGAAGUUACUGUCCACACAGGAGCUUAAGGGGCAACAGAAAGCAGGAGUGCUGGAAACUUCAUUCCUACCCUCUGGCCUUUUCAGGAGCCAAUCCUGCUGUUGUAGAUGGAAACUAUACUCUCCUCGUUGGAGUAGAAUACUGUUUUUAAACUAGAGAUGAAAGUAAAGUAAGUUAAACUUGACUGUUGGAGAGCUGGACUGGAGUUUCUUAUGCUCAGUUAUAUUUGUUCCACAUCGGAGCCUCUGUGUGCAGUCGCGGGUAAGCAUUGCUGGGGUGGAAACCAUCUCCACCCCACCCCCUCUCUCUAACUAAAACUCUGUGAUCCAUGCUGAUUCAAUAACAAAGAUAAACGAUACAAUGUACCUGCUGUGCUCCGAAGCAUAGAAGAUUUUAAGUCAAAUAAGGAGAAAGGAAACUAGCCAGGACCAGUCCCCUGCAGGCUUCUCUAAGGAAAGACACAGCCAAGUCAGACAGAGUGAUGGGAUUUCCCUGGUACUGUCUUCCUUCUGUUGCCUCCUGCGUUCCCAACAGCUCUGCUCCUGGAGAAAGGCGCAGGCCCUCCGUCCUCAAGUGUAUAUGCCUGUCCUGUCACUUACAGGCCCUCACUGCUAUCAUUGUUACGUUAAAGGAUACAGUCACUGUGUCUGUAAUCCGUAUCCUGCUGCUUGCUUUGCUCUAUGAUUAUGGAAGAAGGAGGAUACUUUUAAAAAUGUAUUCUGCAACAGUUUGGGGGCAAACUGAUCUGAAAAGAAACCAGUAUCAUAUUAUACAAAAUAUAUGCCUGUUGUGUUUGUAGUGUCUCCUUAAGAAUACCCUAAAAUUAUGAUUACUGUAUUGUUAUUUUUUUUUUUUUACAUAUUAGCUUUAAAUUAUUGCUUUUUUUAGUUUAAUUUUCUUUUUUGGUGUUAGAGAAUAGUGUUUCUUCCCCCUCCUU